AUGAAAAAGUCAUUUGAAUUAGUAAAAUCUAUUUAUAAGAGUAUUCAACCACUUGGGUGUGUUGCUCAUGGGCUACAUCUUUUGUGUUCAGAUAUUUUAAAAAUAAGUUCAGUACAUGAGUUUUUAAAAAAAAAUUCAAACAUUGUACAUGUCAUUAAAAGAUCUCAAUUGCUGUCAUCAGUUUUCAAAAAAUAUCAGAUUUCAAAAGGUAUUAAAAUUCAACUAAAAUUACCCGUGAAAACACGCUGGGGCAGUUUUUUAUUUUGCUUAGAAAGUUUGUUUCAAAAUAAAAGUGUUUUACAAGCUAUGGCAGUAGAUGAAAAUUUACCAACUUCAUUAAUAAGACCUAUUAAAUUGACAUUACUCGAUGAUAAUAAGUAUUGGGAAAAUGUUUCAAAAAUGAUCUCUUUGUUAACUCCAAUAGUGGACGCAAUCAUAUCCAUCGAAUCAAAUAAUAAUCAAAUUCAUCUCUUUCGAACAUUGGUAAAUGAUGUUGAAAAUCAAAUAGAAUUAUUUUUUUCAAAGUCAAUGCUAAAUCCUUUAUUUUCUAUAGCUGAAGAAAUUAAAAUUGUAGCUGAUAUUAAAAAAAAAAAACUAUUUAUAUUAGGUACAGUUCAUUUAGCUGCUGAAUUACUAGAUCCGAAAACUCAAGGCUGUAAACUAAAUAGUAAUGAAAGAAUUUAUACUUUAGAAUUCAUUUAUGAAUUAGGAAUUUCAAUGGGAGUAAAUAUUAUGGAAGACCUGUCAAAUUAUCAAUCAAAAACUGACAAAUUUGCAAAAAAAUUUAUUUGGGAAAAUUCACUUUUAUCUGAACCCUUAAAAUGGUGGCAGUUUCUCAAUCAUAUAUCACCACUAUCUAAAGUUGCUGUUAGAAUUUUGUCUGCUCCUUGCACUUCAGCUGCUACGGAAAGAACAUUUAGUACAUUUUCUUGGAUACACAAUAAAAAGAGAAAUAAAUUAACUACUGUAAGAGCUGGAAAAUUAACUUAUCUGUCUUACAAUUGGAAACUAAAAAAUAAAAUGUGUAGUAUUUCUAAAAAAAAUGAAGAAAGCUCUGAAAAUUCUUCAGUAGUUAUAGAAGAGAUACAAAGUUCAUCUAAUGAUAUUGCCCCAAUGAACACAGAACAGUCUUCAAGCUCUCAAAGUGAUUCAGAUAGUGAUCAAAGUAUAAUUUAUGAUGAUACUGGUAGCGAUGAAGAAUUAAUAUCUUCCUCAGAUGAAGAAGAUUAA